AGGCCAGACAGUUGGACUCUUCCUAGGCGCUCGUUUCCCCCCACGCGCUCCGGCGCCCGCUGCCCAGCGCGGCGUUGCUUUCCAGGCGGAGGGAAGAGAAACAAAAGAAGUCAGCCUUCUCCAGCUGCUGCCUGCGCCUGCACCGCCAUGGCCUUGUUUAAGUUCUUCUGGAGCCUGAGAGCACCCUGCGGGUUCCUUCACCAAGCCAAGAGGUACCUGGCCUCUCCGAUCGCCUCUCACUACGAGGCCAUCAACCGGGGUGAAAAGGAAGUGCCCGAGUAUUUCAAUUUUGCAAGCGAUGUUAUGGACAAAUGGACAGAGUUGGAAAAGGAAGGGAAGAACCCUCAGAGGACCGUCUUCUGGUGGGUGAACAACCAGAAGGAAGAGGUGAAAUGGAGCUACGAGGAUUUGGGCGUCUUGUCCAGGAAAGCUGCCAACGUCCUCUCCGGUCCAUGCGGCUUGCAAAGAGGCGACCGGGUCCUGAUGGUGCUGCCCAGGAUUCCGGAAUGGUGGUUGCUGGUUCUGGCUUGCACGCGGGCAGGUUGUCUGACUCCCUACUUUUUUUUGCCUAGGCAGACAUCCCAGUUAAUGGCUAAGGACAUCGCCUACAGGCUCCAGGCUUCCAAAGCCAAAUGUAUUGUGGUCAGCGAGACUUUGGCUCCCGGAGUGGACUCCAUUGCAUCGGAAUGCAAGUCCUUGAGAACCAAGCUCCUUGUGUCUGACAGAGGCCGAGACGGCUGGCUGAACUUCAAGGACCUCUUGCAAGCUGCCCCUGCCAACCACAACUGUGUGAAGACAAAAAGUGAUGACCCCUUGGCCAUCUACUUUACCAGUGGAACGACAGGGACUCCCAAAAUGGUGGCCCACUCCCACUGCAGUUAUGGCAUCGGACUCUCGAUCUUCGGCAGCCACUGCCUGAAGCUGAGCCCUUCAUCUGUAAUCUGGACUAUAUCAGACCCGGGAUGGGUGAAGGCAGCCUGGAGUUGUGUGUUUGCUCCUCUCAUUCAUGGCGCAUGUGUAUUCAUCCACCACCUACCAGAGUUUGAACCAACACUUGUCUUAAAUACUCUUGCAAGUUACCCUAUCACCAAUUUCUGUGCACCUCCGACUGGAUUCCGUAUGCUGGUGCAGGUUGAUCUCACCAGAUACAAAUUCAUGAGCCUGAAGCAAUGUGUGACUGGAGGGGAGCCACUCAACCCUGAAGUGUAUGAGCGUUGGAAGAAACAAACAGGGCUGGAACUCUAUGAAGGAUAUGGACAAACAGAAACAGUAUUGGUGUGUUCAACUCUAGAAGGAAUGAAAAUUAAGCCAGGCUCAAUGGGAAAGCCAGCUGUACAGUAUGAUGUUCAGAUUAUCGAUGACCAAGGUAAUGUUCUGCCUCCGGGGAAAGAAGGGGAUAUUGCUAUCAGGAUCAAACCCAAGCGGCCAUUUUGUCUUUUCACCCAGUAUGUUGAUGAUCCCGAGAAGACAGCAGCCACCGAGCGUGGGGAUUUUUAUAGCACUGGAGACAGGGGGUUUAAAGAUGAAGAUGGCUAUUUUUGGUUCGUUGGAAGGUCGGACGAUCUCAUCAAUUCUGCUGGAUACCGCAUUGGCCCCUUCGAAGUGGAAAGCGCCUUGCAGGAACACCCAGCUGUUGCUGAAUCGGCUGUUGUCAGCAGCCCCGAUCCUGCCAGGGGCGAGGUGGUGAAAGCUUUUGUCGUCUUGUCUCCUGCCUUUUCAUCACAUGACCCAGAAAAAUUAAUCAAGGAACUCCAAGAUCAUGUGAAGAAAGCCACAGCUCCCUACAAGUAUCCUAGAAAGAUCGAGUUUGUCCCAGAGCUGCCAAAAACUCCUAGUGGAAAAAUUCAGCGGGCCGUGUUGAAGAAAAAAGAAUGGGGAAAGAUCUAGCUUCAGCUGUCGUCCCACGAUGGACCUCCCUUUCCUCUGGGUCCCCUAUGGGGAGAAAAGGGGCAUAUCAGGAAUAUAAAUGAGAUAAAUAAAAAUGUGAUUGUUUGGUUUUCAUCUCUGAAAAACAAGAAAAUUACACAACCAAGAUGCAACUGUCCUUUCA